AAUCAGCUGAACACCGCCAGUUCGCAAAUUUAUAAGAACAACCUUAUUCCCGCCCUUGCUUCCUGCUCAACAACAGACCAGCAUACAGUCACUCAACACACAAACACAAUGGCUUCAAGACCAAUCCUCACGUUCUUCCCGCUCUUCUUUUUGGCGGGUGCCCUCCUCCUGCUUUUCUUCGUCAUCCUUGCGGGUGUGACGGACCACAACCCCCUUAACCGCAUCUUCUUCUUGUCUGCCUCCAACUCUCCUCUCACCAACGCUCCCACCUCCGACUCCGGAAUGGCGCACUAUACCCUCUGGGGCCUGUGCGGUGCGACCAACUCUGGCCACAACCAGAACUGCCAGCCUCACCACGCUGCCUACGCUGUUUCCAGCAGCGGUGGCCCCGUUACUGGUAACUGGUUCUACUACAUGUCUCGUUUCCAGUUUGCGUUUUACUUGAUCACUAUUGCUUUCGCUGCCUUGGCUUUCUUCACCGGUCUUUUGGCUUUGUGCUCGCGUCUUGGAGGUGCGAUCUCUGCCGUUCUUACCGCUCUCGCUCUCGUCUUCUCGACUGCGGUUUCGAUCAUCAUGACCAUCCUCUACGUCCGCGCUCGCGACCACUUCCGCUCCGCUGGAUACGCCGCCCACGUCGGUGUUAAGGCCUUCGCAUUCACCUGGACGAUCUGGGUCCUCCUCCUCUUGUCUCUCAUCCUCUUCUCCCUCGCCGCCUGCAUCCCCUCCAACCGCGAGCGCUCUUGGCGCCAGAAGCGUGUCGUCGAGGAGCCUGCUUACGUCGUCGAGGACCACGAGUCUCAGCGCCCCGUCAUGGUUGAGCGCUCUUCGUUCACCCGUGAGCGUCCCGUUGUUGACAGGCCUGUUGCCGAGAGGGUUCCUACUGCUGUGAGCUCUGUUCGCCCUGCGACGAAUGUCAAUCGUGGGCUUGAGGAUGAGUUGGUGUUGAACCUUCCUGUUAAUGGACAGGCUCAGCGUUACUAAACGUCUGACUCUGGCUGACGGAACAUUC